UCACACUUCAAAUACUUUACCUUUUAACUUAUAGAGUUGUUUUCAUACCUUCAACCUAACAUUAACUCCACUAAGCAUCUUGUCAAUCAAAACUAUGUCAUUCAUAAAUAACAUACACACAUGUCAAUUCAUCUAUUAUCACCAAGGCCCUAGGAACGAACUAAAAACCUGAUCCCUAGUGUAACUCCAAUUCCAUAAAAAAGUGUUGAGAGUCUCCUCCUACCGUUCUAAUCUACAUUUUAGCUUAUUAUACAUGUCUUUUAUCGGCCCUAAUGGAAAAAAAAUAUAUAUAUAACGUAUUCCUUUUUGAAAAAAUAAAGAAUGAGAGACAUAAGGAGGACGUGUAAGAAAAAGGAAAAGGUCCUAUUGUUCCCCCCUCCCAUUCUCCCCGCUCGAUUUAAGGAACAAGAGAGAGAGAGACAACAAAGCUCUCUCUCUCUCUCUCUCUCCAACUUCUCCUACACAAAUUCCCUUAUUCUUUUGCUCGACUCUCGGUUUUCCGUUACCCACAUUCUUCAUCCACUUUCCAAAAAGGGAAAAAAGUUUCUCUUCCCCCCUUCUUUCUCCUACAUUUUUUCUUGUUUCUUUCCAUUUUCCAAUGCAGUUGUUGGGUUUUGUCUGAAAAAGGAGCUUUUUGGUGGGGUUGAUUUGGAUUUUUGUGUUGCUUGAUCAAGAUUCACCAAUCACGAAUGUUAUUCGUUAUCAUACCAUGACGACUAAUCGCACGGCUGAUGCGUCUAAGCCUGAAGGGGCUAAUCAACCCCCUCCACCACCUGGGGCUAAUGAUCAAGUUCGUGGUGGAAAUAAGGUUUACAGAAGUGGUCCCUUGUUUUUAUCAUCAAGAGGAAUUGGAUGGACAUCAUGGAAGAAGAGGUGGUUCAUUCUAACUCGUACCUCAUUGGUCUUCUACAGAACUGAUCCUAAUGCUACUCCUCAAAAGGGAAGCGAAGUGAAUUUAACCCUGGGUGGUAUUGAUCUCAACAGUUCAGGCAGUGUGGUUGUCAAAGAAGAUAAGAAACUGUUGACUGUGCUUUUUCCUGAUGGUCGUGAUGGACGAGCUUUCACACUCAAGGCGGAAACAAUCGAAGAUUUGCUCGAGUGGAAAACUGCACUUGAGGAAGCUUUGUCAAAUGCACCUAAUGCCGCUCUUGUAGUGGGCCAAAAUGGAAUACUUAGGAACGAUCAGGCCAAUGCUGUUGAUGUUUCACUUGAGCAAUCUAAUGAUAGACAGCCUGUGAAGUCCAUGGUAGUUGGUCGGCCGGUUUUACUUGCUCUGGAAGAUAUUGAUGGAACUCCAUCUUUCUUGGAGAAAGCCCUGAGGUUUGUAGAAGAGCAUGGGGUCAAAACUGAAGGCAUCUUGCGGCAAGCAGCAGAUGUUGAUGAUGUGGAGAACCGAAUACGGGAAUAUGAACAGGGUAAAACUGACUUUUCUACAGACGAGGAUGCACAUGUUAUUGCUGAUUGUGUCAAGUAUAUUCUGCGGGAGUUGCCAUCAUCUCCAGUUCCUGCAUCUUGCUGCAAUGCCCUCUUGGAAGCAUUUAGAACUGAGCGGGGAACUAGAGUCAAUGCUAUGCAUACAGCCCUAUUGGAGACAUUUCCAGAACCAAACCGCCGUUUGCUGCAGAGGAUUCUUAUGAUGAUGCAAAAGGUGGUUUCCAAUAAAACUCAAAAUAGAAUGAGCACGUCAGCAGUGGCAGCUUGCAUGGCACCAUUACUUCUUCGCCCACUUUUGGCUGGAGACUGUGAGCUAGGAAAUGACUUUGCUAUGAGUGGUGAUAGCUCUGUUCAACUUCUGCAAGCAGCUGCUGCAGCUAACCAUGCUCAAGCCAUUGUCAUCACAUUGCUAGAUGAGUAUGAUAGAUUAUUCGGGGAAGGCUCUGCAUCGCCUGAACUAUACUCUGACUCAGACGGUAGUGGAACCGAGAGUGGAGAAGAAUUUACUGAUGAUGAUUACAGCUACGAUGAAGAAGAUGAAGAUGAAGAUGAAGAUGAAGAUGAAGACGAAGAUGAUGAUGACGCGGAAGAGGGCUCUCACGCUGAUAUUGAUGAUUCUGAUCAUGACUCCCGUCCAACAAUCAAUGAGGUUGGCGAAAGUGAAGAUUGUAAUAAGUGCUCUCAAGUUUCUAAAACUAAUUUGAAGACUAAUGAAGUGAGCGUCGUCAAAACUACUGGGAGCUCACCCAGAAGUCCGCCUCAAACUUCUGUUCAGAAUGAUGUCAAUGAAGCAGGUGAGAGUGUUCCGCUUCCAAGUCAUGAAAAUUCAAGAGCACAAGGAAAUGAACCCGGUGAAGAAGUAGGACCUGUACAGAUUGAAACAUCUACUUCUCAAAAGUCAACGGAUAUGUUAGAUGGACCUCUACGCAGUGUUCGGCGACCUGCUAUCUUGGGGCGUACUCCUGCCAAGAAGAACCUCUCCAUGGAAUCAAUUGACAUCCCCUUUGAUGAAGAAGAUGAAAUCCAGAGGCUUGAGGCCAUAAAAGCUGACUUGCAAACUAGGAUUGAAGAGGAGUCCAAAGGCAAUGCCCUUUUGCAACAAAGUUUGGAGAAACGAAAGGAUGCUUUGCAUGUGCGUCGUCUAGCACUUGAAAAAGAUGUGAAAAGACUUCAGGAUCAACUACACAAGGAGAGGGAGUUAAGAAUACUUCUUGAAGCUGAACUUGAAGGCAAAUUACCUGUCUCUUCCAGUAAAGGGUCUUGUUCCGAUGCGGGAAAAAAUCAAGAUGGGAUGAUGAAGGAAGAAAUUCAGGAUAUUGCUCAGGCAGAGGCAGAUGUCAUCAAUCUGAAACAGAGGGCUGACUCGGGCAAUCAACCACAGCAAAGUCAAAAUAAUCAGGGGAAAAGCAAGGAUAAACAUAAGGAUACAGAAAGUAAUGCUUCAAAAACUCAUGAAAAAUCUGCAAGAAGUAAGGAGACCAAUGUGAACAAGGCAGAUAGUGAGAAAGACAAUAAGCAUGAAGCACAGAGUAAGCAAGUAGAUUCUUCUGUGGAAGCGGGGAUGAGCAAAGCCCCUUCAGCUGGUAGUAAAAAAUCUACUUCUAAGAGUGAGGGAGCAAAUAAUACAACAUCAGCAUUAUCAAAACUGACAAACAGGCUCAACUUCUUGAAAGAACGUCGGACUCAAAUUGCACAUGAACUCCAGCACCUAGACAAAAACCAGUCUGAUCAGCCUGUCAAAAACAAAGAAAAAGGUAAAGGGUCUGAAUCUCACCACCCUGAUCAGCCUGUCAAAAACAAAGAAAAAGGUAAAGGGUCUGAAUCUCACCACCCUGACAAGGUUCAAGCAUCUCAAAGUCAAGCAUCCGAAAAGAAUGGAUCGGAUGAUGGCCAAUCAAUUCAGCAUCCAGAUUUGGACAAAGGAAAAUCAGAUAGCCUCCCAAAUCCGGGAAAAGGUCCAGCUGCAAUCCCUACAAGGACAAACUCUAGAUGAUGCAUAGUCAUUUUUGGACUUCCCUAGUUUGCAGAAUGUCGCACUUCUUCUCAGAUAUGCGUUAGGCUGAGAGUGGAAGAUGGUAAACAUGCUUGUCGUAUAGGACCUUGAUUGGUGCCUCGAGAAUUGGUUGUUCAUGCCAACCUUGCUGAGAUUCCAGGGUGCCCGAUACUUACAGGUCAUCUAUUCUUUGAGGAGAAGUUGAGUGGCCGUGAAGCGCUGCUGAGCUGAAGUUCUGCAUUGUGCUUGUCUGAAAAUGAAAUUAAUGCUUUUGUAUAGGUAUUAUGUGGUAAGUAGAAAUCUAAUCAUCUGGUUUAGCAGAUUAAAGCUAUCAGAUAGUUUGCUGAUAAAAUUAAGAUGAGGAAGUUUUGGUACCAUUCAAUUGUAUAAAAUGUUGGUUGCUUCCCCUCUGGGAAUAAAGAUUUUUAUUAGGACAGGUUUAA